AUGGAUAGCGAUGCGGAAGAGGCGGUCAGGUUCAUAUCUCCACCACCUCCUUCAGCAGGAGCACAGGGCGAGCCAACCGUCGAUGAGAAGGACUUCAAAUCACAGAGAAUUCGGACAGUAGCUCUCAUAAAUCUUGCUGGAAUGAUGGAGCGUAUGGAUGAGCAGAUACUUCCCGCGCUUUAUAACGCUCUGGGCAAAGCGUUUGACGCCUCACCAACGGAAUUAGGCUAUUUGACUCUGUCAAGGGCCCUGGUGCAGGCAUGUGCCUCGCCUCUUGGGGGAGUAGCAGGUCACUACAUGAACAGAAUAAAGGUGACGGCAUAUGGAUGCCUGCUCUGGGGUUGCAUGACAGCCGGCUUUGGCCUGUGUUCCUCGGUGCCGCAAGGCAUCUUCUUCUGGGGGAUGAACGGCAUCGGGCUAGCACUGGUGAUUCCCAGCGGCCAGAGUCUGGUGGCAGACUACUAUCCUGCCGCCUCCCGUGGCAGCGCAUUUGGAGCCCUGUACCUCACAAGCGCACUCGGGGGAAUGGGAGGGUCAUUCUUCGCGACAAACUUGGGGGAGCUGGAGAUUGGUGGCAUUCCAGGAUGGCGUCUGACAUUCUUUAUCGUUGCAGCUGUGAGUCUCUUCAUAGGCGUUUGCAACCUGUUGAUUGGGAAGGACCCGGUGUUCGACAGCCCUGCAAAGAAGAGCACCAAGGUCGUCACCAUGCAGAAGCUGAUGGAGCAGAUCUGGAAGAUGAUGAGCAUCCCCACCUUUGCUCUCAUCAUCGUGCAGGGUAUUGUGGGAAGCAUUCCCUGGACUGCACUGGUGUUCUUCACGCUGUACCUGCAGCUGCUGGGCAUGACUGACUUUGCGGCCAGCGUGCUAAUGUCCUUGUUCCUGGGAUCGACAGCUGUGGGUGGGCUGCUUGGGGGCUAUGUGGGCGAUUUUGCUGCCCAGAGGUGGCCCCAUCACGGCCGCAUCUGGGCAUGCCAGUUCAGUGUCGCCAUUGGCAUACCAUUCUCGUUGCUCAUUUUGAAGGGUCUCCCAGAGAAUGGCGCCUCCCACACCGCCUAUCUGUACGGUGUUGUACUUGUCAUUUUUGGUUGCUUGAAAAGCUGGGCCGGGCCAUGCUGCAACAACCCCAUUUUUGCCGAGAUCGUGCCGGCUCACAUGCGCAACAUGGUUUACGCUUUUGACAGGUGUUUUGAAGGGGCGCUGGCUGCAUGCGCCGCGCCGCUAGUGGGAAAAUUGGCGGAGAGGAUGUUUGGCUUCUCCGGUGCUGCCACGCGGUCUGGUGAUGUUAACAAGGAUCUGGAGAGGGCGAGGGCUUUAGGCAGUUCCCUGCUCGUUUUCCUCAUCGUGCCUUGGACGCUCUGCCUCAUCUUCUACUCAGGUGCAGGCUCACACUAUCCGUGCCAAUAA